AGUUUCAACAACAAAGCAACCUGAUAUACAAUAUUUUUUCCAUUAAUAUAUUUUAUUUACAAAAAAAAUAAUAGAUAAUAGAAAAUAGAAUAGAAAAUUCACCUUAAUAUCUCCUUGUUUUAUCAACGCCAACACUAUACUAUACUGAUCCUAUGUAUAGGUUAUGUUAUAGACUUCAUAUAAAAAAAAAAUUUGUUCACUAAAAAAUGAAUCUUUAUUUAAAAUUAGGUCCACAAUGAAAUUAAUUUUCUAAUAACUAAAAAAUUUAAAGUACAAUAUAUUUGAGUGUUCGAAAUGUUUCACAUAGAAUAAAUAUUGAAGUGUGGGUCCAAGAACUAUAAAAAAUGACGCAACUAUUGUUACCAGUUGAAUUCUACAUUGUUAUUGACAGUUUAAUUGUUCUCGAAAAACGUUAGUGCAAGAUUUUAACCAAUGCAAAAUUAUAUGGAUAAAAAUAUUGUGGUUUGGAAUGUUGUAAAGCUUAGAGGAGAACAUAUAACCUAACUUUAUUAAAAAUCUCACAAAAAUGAGAAUUCUAAUUUUUGAAAUGUUUCCAAAAAUAUAUCCAUCUGUUUUUACGCUUUUCUUUAUUCUGGGCACUUUAGCAAACCAACAAGUUACAGAGAGUCAGAGUACAGAGUUGACCUCUGAACAUGACCCUCUUCUAAUAUUCUCCACUCUUAGUGGAUCUUUUAUUGGAGUAGGGCAAAGAUCUGGUGAAAUUCGAUGGCGUCAGGAUGACGAACCUGCAGUAAAAGUACCACACAGUAUUUCCGAAACUUCUAUGCCAAUGUUUCUACCUGAUCCAAAGGACGGCACAUUGUAUCUUUUUGGUGCAGAUUCUGAAGUAUUAAAAAAGUUGCCAUUUACAAUACCGCAACUUGUGGCCAGUAGCCCGUGCAGAAGCAGUGAUGGAAUUUUAUAUACUGGAAGAAAAAUUGACACCUGGUUUAGUGUUGAUCCACAAACAGGCGAAAGGGAACAAGUUUUAGGCUUCAACAAAGUCAAAAACACUUGUCCCUUGGAAACUCAGGAUGUUAUCUAUGUUGGACGGACAGAGUACAAUAUUAUUAUGAUUGACAGUAAGCACAAAAAUAGAAAAUGGAAUGUCACUUUCUACGAUUAUUCAGCUGCAAAAAUGGAAUCAGAUUCUAUCGAAAAUUAUGAUCUUUUGCACUUCACCACAAGUUCAACAGGCAGAGUUGUAACUUUAAAUAGAAGAUUGUUGAAAGUUUUAUGGGAAUUGGAUUUAGGAAGUCCUGUUAUUGCAGUUUACACUGUGAGUAAAGACGGUUUAACUGCAAUUCCAUUUACCAGUGUAGCAGAAGAAGCUUUGGAUAGAUUACUCGAUCGAGCUACUGCGAAUCUCAAUCAAGUUCAAUUGUCACAAACUCUUUAUAUUGGAGAACAUACUCAUGGUUUAUAUGCUCUUCCAUCAUUUGCUGAUUCAUCAACAGUGACAAUAUCUAGCAAAACGGCUCAUUUACUUUUAGAGGGACCUCUCAUUACGUCUUAUAUUUCGAAUAAUAAUAAUAAUAAUAAUAAUAAUAAUAAUAACAAUAACGAAAUUCCUCUCCCUGGAGAUCACGUGUCUACGACAAAAAUCGAGACAUCUGAUAAUGAUUUUCAAAGCAUUAAUCCUGAAAAGAAUAUUAUUAUGUUAGGUCAUUACAAUGUGCCUGCCGAGUAUAAGCCGCAGAAUUCGCCUCUUCAAAUUGCAGGACCUUCUCAAGCUGUUAUUCCAGCGAGUUUACCUUUACAAAAUUUCACCAAGACAAUCGAAGACAACAAUAAGGAAUUUAUAAACACAACAAAUGAGCAUAGAAAUUGGCGUCGAUCCAUUGCUGCGAGUUAUAAUGCAGGAAAAAAAUGGCUGAAUCAACAAGAGAGUAAAGGAUUAAAGUUGACAUUGAUAAUUCUGGUCGGUUGUAUAAUCACAAUGUUUUGGUACUUGAAUGCUCAAUUCAAAGAAUUUCAGCAGUUAUCACAAGGUUCCCGAGAGAGCAGUCGCACUGGUAGCAAUGGCAAGAAUGCAGAUGUCUACAUUCCUGAGGAAAUUGGAGAAGGUUUGGUUAGAGUGGGAAAAAUUACUUUCGAUACUAGUGAAGUUUUAGGUAAAGGAUGUGAAGGAACUUUUGUCUACAAGGGAGAAUUUGAUAAUCGACCAGUGGCAGUGAAACGCCUUCUUCCAGACUGCUUCACUUUUGCCGAUCGGGAAGUUGCACUGCUAAGAGAAUCCGACGCACAUGCAAAUGUUGUUCGAUAUUUUUGUACAGAACACGAUCGAAUGUUUCGGUACAUAGCUUUGGAAUUAGCAGAAGCGACAUUGCAAGAUUAUGUUGCUGGAAGGUACAACCGAGGAAAAAUAUCAAUAAAGAAUAUUUUAAGACAAGCCACUUCUGGACUUUCACAUUUACAUUUCUUAGACAUCGUUCACAGAGAUAUAAAACCACACAACGUACUGCUAUCAGUACCAGGGCCUAGAGGAGAAGUCAGAGCAAUGAUUUCUGAUUUUGGUCUUUGUAAAAAAUUACAAUUGGGCCGAAUGUCCUUUUCUAGAAGAUCAGGUGUAACUGGAACUGAUGGAUGGAUCGCACCUGAGAUGUUAAAUGGAGAAAGAACAACUUGUGCAGUUGACGUUUUUUCGCUGGGUUGCGUGUUUUAUUAUGUUUUAUCAGGAGGGAAGCAUCCAUUCGGAGAUCAGUUGAGAAGACAAGCAAAUAUACUCUGUGGUGAGAGUGACUUGACAGGACUUCAAGAAAUUUCGGAAAAUGACAAAGAAAUUGCUCUUAUUUUAAUUCAAUCAAUGAUAAAUAGUAAUCCUACAGAUCGGCCACCAGCGACUGCAGUUCAAAAUUUUCCCUUUUUCUGGAACUCGGCCCAAAUUCUUAAUUUCUUUCAAGAUAUCAGUGACAGAGUUGAGAAGGAUGAACUUAAUAGUCCCGCUUUAAGAUCAUUAGAAACAAAUAAUAAUAAAGUAGUAAGAUCUGACUGGAGAUCUCACAUUGAUGUUGAAGUUGCUACUGAUUUGCGUAAAUACAGAAGCUAUCGAGGCGAAAGUGUUAGAGACUUACUCAGAGCACUUAGAAAUAAGAAACAUCAUUACAGAGAAUUAACGCCCGAAGCACAAUCAAGUUUGGGUGAAAUACCAGAAAAAUUCACCGAAUACUGGCUUUCUAGAUUUCCAUGUUUAUUACCUCAUGUGUGGUGUGCUAUGCAAAAGUUUCGAUUGGAGCCAAAUCUCAAAACAUAUUAUCAUGAAAAUUAUGAGUUUCCAUUUCAAUUAGAUGAUCAAUAUUAUAAAACAAUUCAAACAGUUGAAUCAUUGCCCACGACACAAUGGAGAUCACAGAAUUCUAUUGACUGGAGUCCAAAUAGAAUGAGAUUUAGAGGUCAAAGAAAAAAGUACGAUGACAGGAGAAGAAAAGUUGAAGAACCAAUAAAAUGGGCACUACCACCAUCAAGUUAAAUUCAUACAUAUAUUUUAUACAAUAUGUUACUUUCUAAGAUUAUUAAUUAGAAUUAAUAAUCGAAAUUAUAAAUCAGACUUGUUAUAGAAGUUUUCUAUUUGAAAAAAUUAUAUUUCUUUCCGAAUUUUGGAAAACUUUUGGAAUUCCUCAAAAAAAUAUGGUAUUCUAAAAGCCAAAUACGAUUUAAUGGUGAUAUUCAACAUUUCUAAUUAGAAAAAUUCAUAAUUGUAUAUAAAAUGUAUUAUACAAAAAAAUCAUUUUUUAUUGAUAAGUUAAAAGAUUUAUGCAAUAUAAAUAUUUUUGCAUAUUGUGAAUUUAUUAUAAUAUAAAUUUAUAAUUUAUAAAUUAUACGUAGGUUGUAUUGUACAUUCCAAUUGAAUACAAUCUUCAAAGUGAUUUAUGUAUUUAUUAUGUGUGUUGUGUAAAAAUCAGAUAAAAAUGUCAAAAAAAAAAGAUGAAAGAUAAUAUAUAUUUUCUAGCAUUAGAAGAAAAACUGUUUGUGAUAUAUUAGAAGUAAGUUUUAAUUGCAGAAUAUACUAGUGAAUUUUAAUUGAAUGUGUAAAUUUGUAUCGUGAGUGUUGAUUCAAGUUUUCUUUACGGGGAAAAUUAAAAAAUUCCUCUUUCUCCCUUUUUUAAAAAUCAAUUAUUUUAAUAGCUUAAGAAAAAUUUUGAAUUAUAACAAGUUUUAUAUGUUUUUAUUGCACAAUUUUUAAUGGUAUUAAUGGAUAAAUAGUUUUACUUUGAAGUGUUUAAAAUAUUUUAAAUAAUGUACGGAAUGAAACGUUUUAAUAAAUUAGAAACAAAUGCGAUUAAUGAUACAUCAGAAAAUAAAAUCGUUUAUUCAAUAAUUUUUUUUUUGUCUUUGAUGUGUGAUAAUUACUGUAAAAAAUUGUAUUAUUUGUGUGAGAGUGUAAAUAAAAAAAAUGGAUUCUUAGUAGUAGUAGGUGUUAGCUUUACAAUUAUUGUUAAGUGAAAAUAGAUUUUACAUUACUUUCUAUACAAAUAUUAAUUUUGUAUAAAAAUAAAUAACAUAUAUUACUAUUGAAAUCAA